GGACAAUAUAGCAAGCAUAGUACUAUUUGUUUGAGAAGAGGCAAAUAAAUAAGAUUGGGUUGGUUUGGAUAAGAAGAGAAAAUAAGAGAAUAGCACAAUGGCAACAGCUUCUGCAAUAUCACUUGGAAACAACUUCGUCUUCGCCAACACUCACAAACCCUCAUCACUUUCACCACAAUUAGGGUUCCUCAAUUCGCAGUUAAGUGGUCUCAGAAUCUCCACCCAGACUUCGCUUAAAGUGCCUACACCCAUUGUUUCUUCUCCAUUUCAACCAAUUGUUGCUAAGAGAGUGUGUCCCUUAACUGGAAAGAAAGCAAACAAGGCCAACCUUGUAUCUUUUUCAAACCAUAAGACAAAGAAACUGCAGUUUGUAAACCUCCAGUACAAGAGAAUUUGGUGGGAAGCUGGGAAGCGCUUUGUAAAGCUUCGUCUGUCAACUAAGGCAUUGAAGACCAUAGAGAAGAAUGGACUUGAUGCAGUUGCGAAAAAGGCUGGAAUUGAUCUUAAUAAGAAAUAAGAGUAUGUGAUUAUGAUUGUAAUUGUGUGAAAGGAUAAAACCAUGUUCAUUAAUUUUUGUUGUAGAAUUUCUUUUCUUUAUGUAAUAUGUUUAGUGACUAGGGUUCACUCUGGCUACUGUCAAAAUCAACUUGAGUUAUGUAAACAUGCGAGUUAACUAUGUCAUGAAUCUCACAAAUGGAAAUCUCUUUGAUUAUCACUUCAAAA